AUGGCUGGUGACUGCCGGCAGAAAUUUUCAGGUGGCACGGUGGUGGUUUGCUAUGUGAGCAGGGAGGCACACUCUAGGAAUGACAAACAACUGGCUGGCAGCGUUCCGUCUCUGGCUGCCGGGCUUCUCUUCGGUGGCUUGGCGGGACUGGGCGCGUACCAGCAGUCCAAAGAUCCGAAGAACGUGUGGCUUUCCCUCGUGGCGUCUGGAACCUUGUCUGCUGUUAUGGGAAUGAGAUUUUACAACUCCAGAAAAGCAAUGCCUGGGAUAAUUGCUGGUGCCAGUUUACUGAUGGUUGGACGGCUUGGACUGCAGAUCAUGGAAAAGCCUCUUAAGCCAUAA